GCCGCAAAACGGGUUGAUUUAUUUCCAAGAUGGCCGCCUUCAUGUGAAUUUUUGGCAAGCUGCAGUCGACGUUUUAAGUUUACUCCUCGUGUGGUCGAUCCUGACUUUUUAUGAUCCACAGAAAGCGCCUAUUUAAUUCCUGACAAACCAAAGAUGUAUUCUACACGUUUAAGACUGAGCCUAAUCGCUUCUAUGCGACCUUAUUGGUCUGUACAACAAAAGUUACAAGGUCAAAAAAUUAUUCGAACUUGCUGUGCUGGUCACGGUUCCGACAAAGUAACAACAAACUCUUCAACUUCAACGAAGUUAAAGCAGGAUGGUCCGUCAUUACAAGACUUUUUGAAACACUCGGUAGAAGAAUUGAGACCAGUAGAGAUCGGGGAACAAGACACAGUGCCAUACUUGAACGAAAACGAUGUUUGGGGAGGAAGGAGGAAGGUUUAUUUCGAGACGUAUGGAUGUCAGAUGAACGUCAGUGACACGGAAAUCGCCUGGUCCGUUCUGAAGGACAGUGGCUACCAGAGGACGGAAUCAGUUAACGAUGCAGAUGUGAUCCUCGCGGUGACGUGUGCGAUCAGGGAAAACGCAGAGCAGAAAAUCUGGACCCGACUGCAGCAGUUCCGUGCCAUGAAGACCAGGAGGGGCAAAAACAGACCUCUGAAAGUCGGUGUCCUGGGUUGUAUGGCUGAGAGACUGAAGAAGGAUUUGCUGGAGAGAGAAAAGUCAGUGGACCUGAUCGCCGGACCCGACGCCUACAGGGACCUUCCCAGGCUGCUGUCACUCACGUCGUCCGGGCAACGGGCUGCCAACGUGGUGCUCUCAUUGGAGGAGACAUACGCUGAUGUCAUGCCUGUUAGGAUGAACGCAGCGGCACCUACAGCCUUUGUCUCCAUCAUGCGGGGCUGUGACAACAUGUGCAGCUACUGUAUCGUACCUUUCACCCGCGGCAGGGAGAGGAGUCGACCAAUCAGGUCAAUCCUGGAGGAGGUCUGGGCACUGUCUGGACAGGGUGUGAAAGAGGUGACAUUGCUGGGACAGAACGUCAACAGUUACAGGGACAUGUCAGAGCAGCAGCAUCAGCUGGCAGACAGGCCUACCAACCUCAGCGCUGGGUUUGGCACUAUCUACAGGAACAAGAAGGGAGGCCUGCGUUUUUCUGCCCUGUUAGACAGAGUGUCGCAGGUGGACCCAGAGAUGAGAGUCCGGUUUGUCUCCCCACAUCCUAAGGACUUUCCUGAUGAGGUGCUGCAGCUGAUCCGAGACAGGCAGAACAUCUGCAGCCAGCUGCACCUGCCUGCGCAGAGUGGCUCGUCCCAGGUGCUGCAGAGGAUGCGGAGGAACCACACCCGCGAGGCCUACCUGGAGCUGGUGCAGCACGUCAGGGAGGUCAUUCCAGAUGUCUCCCUGUCCAGUGACUUCAUAGUUGGGUUCUGUGGGGAGACUGAGGAGGACCAUCAUCAGACCUUGUCGCUGGCCAGACAAGUCCGAUAUGACAACGCUUACCUGUUUGCCUAUAGUAUGAGAAAGAAAACUCACGCCUACCACAAACUCGAGGAUGACGUGCCAGCAGGUGUGAAACAGCGCCGCCUAGCAGAACUGAUCGAUGUCUGCAGGCAGGGCAUGGCAGAGGCCAACGCAGAAAAAAUUGGACAAGUCCAUCUUGUGCUGGUGGAAGGGCUCAGCAAAAAGUCCCCUAGUGACCUGGCUGGCAGGAAUGAUGGGAACACUAAGGUCAUCAUACCUAAUAUGGACAUCCCUGAAGAGGUCGGAGGUCAGAAGUGCGCACCAAUGAAAGCAGGCGACUAUGUUGCAGUUAAGAUAACAUCGUCCACCUCCCAGGUGCUGAAGGGCCUUCCAUUGGCUCAUACCAGCCUGCAGGGGUUUCCCAAUAUGGAAUGGCAGGGGCAGAGAGCAGUCAACAGUGCAUGAACAGAACUGUUAGGGUUAGCAUAUUGCAGAGCUUGAAAA